AUGGGAUUUCUAGGAGUCUACUCGGCUGUGUACGACUACCAGCCACAAGGAGCCGGCGAACUCGAGAUUCGCGAGGGUGACCUCCUUUAUAUCCUGGAAAAGAAUGCGGAAGAUGACUGGUGGAGGGCCAAACGAAAGAGCGACCACGAAGACGAAGAUGAGCCCGAAGGCUUAGUUCCAAAUAACUAUGUCGAGGAGGCGCAACCCGCGCACAGAGCCACAGCUCUCUUUGACUACACGCGACAGACCGACGAGGAGGUGUCAUUCUCAGAAGAUGCCGAGUUGAUGGUGUACGACACUUCGGACCCUGACUGGACACUGGUGGGAACCAACUCGGAAUAUGGAUUUGCACCUUCAAACUACAUCGAGAUCAUCGAUGAGGGCUCCGCUGCAGCAAUCGCUCCCCCGCCCGCUCCAGCUGAGACAGCCGCGCCGUCACUUCCACAGCGGCCGCCGGUUCCCGACGAGUCUGAGGAAGCAUCGCCUGCUGGUUCCCCGGUCGACAUGUCUCAUAACCCCGCCGCCGCCGCAAUUGCCAGCAUUAUCCACAAGCAACAUGCUCCUGCAGAUACGUCGGUGGAGACCACCAGAGACGAGCCCCCAGCGCCUAGUCUUCCGGCUCGGCCGUCCCACGACCAGGAUCACGAGGAAUCACCACCGCCAAUGCCGCGACGACCUCCUUCUACACAUGCGUCUCCGCCUAUACGCCAGUCUUCGCCCGAACCUAGCCCGCCACCUCGGCCGCAACAGGCAGUUCCUGCUACCCUUAACCGUGACGCCACACACGUGAAGGCAUCUCCUCCUUACAACCGGGCGGCGGGUGAGAUGACCCCGCGAUCACCCUCGGGCUAUCAUAUCUACAAUAUCAAUGAAAUGGUGGAGGUCAUGGGCAAGAGGAAGAAGAUGCCCACAACCCUGGGAAUUAAUAUGGUCACUGGAAUAAUCUUCCUUUCCCCCGAAGGCGAUGACAGGCAGCAAGAGUGGAGUGCAGAGAAACUCAGUCAUUACUCCAUUGAAGGAAAGCAUGUAUUUGUUGAUCUUGUCAGGCCAAGCAAGAGCAUUGACUUCCAUGCGGGAGCCAAGGACACGGCCCACGAAAUCGCCUCGGCACUUGGCGAAAUUGCGGGUGCCUACCGCGCAGGGGGAUUACGUGAAGUACUAGAAGCAGGAGAAGGGAGUGGGCCUAAGAAGGGACAGAUUCUGUAUGACUUUGUGGCACAAGGCGAUGAUGAAGUGACCGUGGCUGUAGGGGAUGAAGUCAUCGUUCUUGACGAUACCAAGUCUGAGGAAUGGUGGAUGGUCAGGCGCCUGAAGAACAAAGAGGAAGGUGUUGUCCCGAGCAGCUAUGUUGAAGUGACCGGGUUGAUCCCUAAACCGCCGAUUUUACCCGCGGAGCCUGGCCUGUCCACCGUUGAAAAGAACCGCCGAGAGGAGAUGCGACUGAGCAAGCUGGCCAUGAGCAAAUCACGGACAGAUUCAAUGGACUCAUCAGAACGUCAAAGCAAGCGCGACAGCAAGAUGAAGUCGAAGCCCGAUCCUAGCAAAGUGCGAAAAUGGACUGAUCGGUCCAAGGACUUCACAGUCGAGGCACAGUUCAUCGGUCUUUCAGAUGGGAAAAUCCAGCUUCACAAGGUAAACGGCAUCAAAAUCGCUGUUCCCGUUGCGAAGAUGUCCGUAGAAGACUUGGAAUAUGUUGAAAAGAUUGCAGGUGUCUCACUUGAUGAGGACAAGCCUCUUUCCAGCAUUCGACCUCGAGUGGCGGCCGAGAAGACCUCCAAGGCUGGAGCUUCGGUCAACCACGAGUACGACUGGUUUGAUUUCUUUUUGAAGGCCGGUGUUGGGCCACAUCGGUGUGAAAGAUACGCACAGUCCUUCAACAAGGACUCAAUGGAUGAGUCUAUCUUGCCUGAAAUCACACCUGAGAUUCUUCAGACUUUGGGUUUGAACCAGGGUGAUACUCUGCGUGUCAUGAAGGUCUUGGACGCCAAGUACGGCCGGGCACCUGACAAAUCCAAGCCCAGAAACGUAAGUUUCGGCGGGGAGGAAGUCAUUGGCAAUGGAGAUGGCGGACAGGGUGGUCUCUUCUCUGGUCCAGGUGGUAUGCUACGAAACAACACAGGACGGACCAGACCAACACCGAAUGUCACGGUUGGUGAGGUCAACGCCAAAGCGUUCGGACAGUCGGAUGAACCCAGCUCCCCUGAUACCCCAGCAAGUCCACCACCCCCUGCUGCGGAGCCCGAGAAACCCGCUACUCGUGGGUUUGAUGAUGACGCCUGGGAGGUCAAACAGCCGAAGCAGCCCGCUAGGCCCACUGCAGCAGCGACCCCGACCCCACCACCCGCAGCCGCCCAGGUCCCUCAGGUUACUGGAGCCGUCGCCGACUUAUCUUUGCUCCAAGCUCCUCUGCAGCCAACCCAACCUCAGCCUACUGGGGCUGCUCAGCCCGCCCCUCCCGCACCUGCUCUUCAGCCACAAGUCACCGCUGUGCAAAUACCCCCACCACAGCAGCCGCAGCCAACAGGUGCUAACGCCAGCUUGUUUGCCCAGGUGGCGCAGCUUGGCCAGCAAGCUAGACAACGCCCUCAGCCUCCUCAAGCAAUGGCUCAAAACUCACUUUUGCCUCCUCCUCCGCAACGCCCGCUAUCUGCGCCGCAGAACUUCUCGCAGCAGCAGAAUGCCUUUGGUCCUCCUCCGCUGCAAGCCCAGCUGACAGGAGUACCCAGGGCGGCACCUGGACAAGUCCCCAUGGACAUGAGUCAACAACGUUUUCAGCCUCAGGCAACUGGAUUCAUGGGACAAAAUCAGUUCCAAAAUGGUUUGAUGCCUCAGCCUACAGGAUUUACUCCUCAGUCGCAGUUUGGCAUUCAGCAGCAGCAGCAGCCGCAAUUUCCACAGUCGAUGGCCCCUCAGCAAACUGGAUUCCAGGGUCUUGGGCCACAGCCGACUGGAUAUGGAUACGCACAGACUCAGCAGCCCAUGCAGACCGGGAUCAACUCUGUCCUUCCCCCUGCAUUGCAACCUCAACCCACUGCCAAUGGGUUUGGCAAUCAGCACUACUCAUCACCACCCCCCGUGCCACCAAUUCCACAACAGCCUACCGCCACUCCUCUCUCGCCCCAGAAAACCGGACCACCCCCGUCCAUCCGAUUUGGAGUUAAGCCAGAUGCUCCCAAGAAGCUUGAGCCACAGGCAACGGGACUCAGGGCUAACCUCUCGCAAGCUACUCCCAAUAAUCCAUUUGGGUUUUGA